AAGGCUUUGGGUCGCGCUUGCCUCCUGAAUAAUUGGCGCUCACAAUGUGCCUUUUGUGCAAGCCGGUAGACUCCAGAAUACAGGCGUCCGUCUGUAUCCAAUGCCUGUCAGAUUGAGCGUGAUCAUAAGCACAUGGAGUACGAUCGCCCUUCUUGGCAGAGCUCCUUCAGCUUGGCGGACGCCGAACAUCAGCAGUCGGGAUUGCAUACAAUGUCACACAGAGGAUACUUGCACUUGCGAACAGCAGACGAGCUGCGGGGGAAGUUCAUCCGAGCUCUGAGGCGCAGCUCGAACGGUAGCAAGACUGGAAGCACGGGCUGUAGCGAAUAAAAGCUUCAUGACUAUAGAAACAGGUGCAGUGCUUGACAGGCGUGGAUAUCCGGACAACGUCCGUCCUUAUAGCCUGUAUGAAGUCCUCCGCCGUGCACGCACAUGUACAUGAUCAUUGCACGAAGCGCAGUGUGUAGCGUCAGGCGUCGCCGAAUGGGUCUCAUUCCCCGUCAUACUCAAUCCUCAAUCUCGAGGAAUGAUGACGUAUGGCAGACAUCCGAGUCGGUCUCAAACAUUCCGUCGAUCACGCUUGUUUUGGAUCGCCCCGUAACGCAGUGCUUCUCAAUUCGAGUUCUCAGUCAAGCAGAAACUCGUGAACGACUGAAGUUACCACUUGUCUACAAGACUACGACCGCCUCCGUGCGAGCUCUCCGGAAUCAACAGCUUGUAUCGCAGGCAAUGUCGCAUAUUGGGAAGCAGUCACUGGUUAAUAUCCGCACCUUCGGUAUAGGCGUUGGCCAGGCCGUGGCAGCCGCUUGCGCCGUGGCAAUGCUAAAGAGACGAUGGUACGCAUUAGCCUAUCAAGGGCGUUGAAGCCGAACUGCCGGAGACUCACCACGCAAGGGCGCUAAC